UUCUUUUCAUCAUUUUUAUUCUCCUCGCUUUUCCAAUUAUGUGUGUAUUUUUUUGUUGUUGAGGGGGUUAAAUUCUCCGCCACUUCUUCAUUAGCAUCAUCUUAUUUGGACCGCAAUGAAUAUGAAAUGAAUUUAUUCACCAAAGUUUGAAAGUGCACAAUAAAUUUGAUUUGCAAAUCACACAGAAAAGAGCGGAAAAAAGGAAACUUUGUCUCUCAAGUUUAACUCAAUAAGAAGUUAAGGAAUUUUCUAUUAGAAUGUUACAUUGUUAAGUUGUAAUUUGGUUUCUGACACGCGGUGAAUUAUUUAUUGAUUGAAAGGCAAUUGUGAAGGAGUUUCAUUAAUGGCUAUUGUUGUAUAAUUAAGCUCAUUGCUGGAGCGUGACAAGCCCCUUUCCGGUUAUCUUAAUGCAUAUUUUAAUGUAUGCAAACUGCAAUGGAGCCUUUCUCCAGAUUGAGUCGUGUUAUCAAACUAGUGAUUAUUUUGCAGUUUUAUGUUGUAGAAAGGAAUUGAUUGGAAUUACAGUGAAAUAUGUGUGUUUCUCUUGAGUCUCUGAAUAGACAAUAGAGUCUUCUGCGAAGGUUUUGUCUGAUAAGCACACAUCGUAUAUUAUCAGAAUACGCAAGGUUGAUCUCAAUAUACGAUUCACGACUGCAGAAUUUAGUACAAAUCCACACCUUUUGCCGGGAAUUAUGUGUGCUUGUGCAGCAGGUGAAAUCGAUACAGAGUAAUGGUGACAAUCACGACUUUGAAAGUACACAUCCGAUCUCCAGCCUCCAGAGCAGCACGCGAAGAUGUCGAUAGAUUUGUUGUAAAUUCAAUGCUCAUGAUUAAUAUGUUCACAUAAACGCUAUAUGCAAAAUAGGCUCGCCGAAUACGUUAUGCAGAUUGAUUUGUGUGCCGGGAAAAAGAUUCUAAUUGGGGCUUUUGUGGGUGUUGCGAUCUUGUGAGAAUGGUGACGAUGUUCUCCGGAUGCGCGAUGGGGUGAAUGACAAAGGCUUUUCUCAUGCAGAAACAUGUGUGUUAUCACCCAUUGUCGGCACUCUUGACAUGGAUACAAGAAGAAGCGAAUAUCCCACAGAGAGUGAGGGCAAAAUCGAAACAAUCCACACAAGAUCUGGGGGAGACAACGUUUAGUCAAGUUGUUGGCAAAGUUGAAUAAAUAAUCAUGACCCUGAACGAUAAACGAUAAAUCAAAUGACAUGAGAACAAAAAGGGAAUAUAAAUUCGCUUUUGCGUAAUUUAGAUUGCUUGCAAGCGCGCCACUCUUGAGCAUAAGAUUGCUCUGCAGAGAGCUCGGAAGGGAGGAGAGGAAUUACAUCUUGUGACAAUGCAAACUGACUGACCAGCUUCCCAUAUCAGAUCCGACGCGAUGCUGUGGCGGGGCGCAAUGCAACCAGCUUAUAUAAAGACUCAGCACACCUUCUCAUUCUUGAUAUCGAAGUCAAUCGCACACCUCCGAAGUGGAUGACACCCAGCAUCGCUCUUUCAGCCCGUGCGCAAGAGAAGUUGUUGGGAAACUCUCAGUCGGAGUGAGAUUACAUUAUUAGCCUGUGUGUUGCCCAUCCCCUUUUGUUAAAGCACCCUUCUUCACCGUCAUCUGAGUGUCUAGCAAUCGCUCUCUAUUGUGUGUCCUUGCAUGUGAUUGUGAAGUUGUUGUCUCUCCUUAUCACACUGUCUUAUCACUACCAAUCGACACACGGCAACCAUGGAAGUGCAAUUUCAGCCAAAAGCCCAAUUAAAUUCCCAAUCGAAGGCAUUCAAUGAGGAUUUCAUCGAAUAUGGGAUUUCCAAUUUGCUGUCGCUGCGAAGAGGAAUUGGAGUGGCGACGCAAAAGAUGUCUUCUCCAUCAGCAAAUGCAACAAAAAUCCGCUAUGAACCAGUCACAGACAAGGAUACCGAAGAGAUUCUGAGACUCUUGAAGACAUUCUUUUUCAAAGAUGAACCAUUGAAUACGUAUUUGGAUUUAGGAGAAUGCAAAGAAUUGGAGCUUUACUCAACAAAGUGCAUCAAAGAGAAAUGUUCCUUCAAAGCAGUAAAUUCCAGGAAUGAAAUUGUUGGAGUUUUCCUCAAUGGACUCAUUCAUAGGCCUAAAAACGGUGAGGAGCCCGUGAAGCUGGCUGAUGGCUGUGAACACAAGAAAUUCCGGAAAAUCAUGGGUCUCAUGGACUUUAUUGAUACAAAAUUCAAUCUCUUCGAUUUAUAUCCGGACGUUGAUGUCGUGCUGGAUGGAAAAAUCCUCUCAGUGGACAGCAAUUAUCGUGGGAUGGGCAUUUCUGUGGAGCUGACAAACUGCACAAUUGAGUACAUGAAGGAGAACAACAUUCCGCUGAUGCACGUUCUGUGCUCCAGUCACUUCUCCGCGCGUGUCAUGGAGAAAUUGGACUUUGAGGAGGUCUUCAGAAUGCCCUACACAGACUACCUGGACAGCAAUGGACAGCAGGUCCUCUGUCCAGAGCAUCCGCACGAAGCUUGCCGCACGCUAGUCAAGAGAAUCAUUCCAGAAGCCAGCAAAUAGGCACAAGACGG